UCUCUCUCUUUCUCUAACCGAGAAAAGUUCUCAGCGAAGAGAAAGCGAAAGAAACGAAAAAGAGAUCUCCUCGCAGAUCUCCGCUCCUAGGGUUAGGGUUACUCCUUUUGUCUCCCUCUGGUCUCUUUCUGUCCCCCCCUUUUUUUUUUCCUUCAAUUUUUGCGUUCAUGGAGGUCAUGGAGAGGGCUGAGGGAUGUGGGAUUUUUGUUGUUGUUUUCUCGUGGGGUUUUCAGAUGCUUAGCUGAAGAGGAGGAGGAGGAGGAGGAGGAGGGGAGAUUGGAGGAGGAGGCGGCCGCGGGGGAGGAGGAGAUCUGGGGAGGAGAUGAGCGCGUCGAGGUUCAUAAAGUGCGUCACUGUGGGGGACGGCGCCGUCGGCAAGACCUGCAUGCUUAUAUCCUAUACCAGCAACACCUUCCCCACGGAUUAUGUUCCAACAGUUUUUGACAAUUUCAGUGCAAAUGUCGUGGUCGAUGGUAGCACUGUUAACCUAGGUUUGUGGGAUACUGCAGGCCAGGAGGACUACAAUAGAUUAAGACCUUUGAGCUAUCGUGGGGCUGAUGUUUUUUUACUUGCAUUCUCUCUCAUCAGUAAGGCCAGCUAUGAAAAUGUUGCCAAGAAGUGGAUUCCUGAAUUGAGGCACUAUGCACCUGGUGUGCCUAUAAUUCUUGUUGGAACGAAGCUUGAUCUUCGGGAUGACAAGCAGUUUUUUAUAGAUCACCCAGGUGCCGUCCCCAUUACUACUGCUCAGGGAGAAGAGCUGAGGAAGGCAAUUGGAGCUCCUGCCUACAUCGAGUGCAGUUCGAAGACCCAACAAAACGUCAAGGCAGUUUUUGAUGCAGCCAUUAAGGUAGUACUCCAGCCUCCCAAGCAGAAGAAGAAGAAGAGGAAGGGACAGAAGGUCUGCUCCAUUUUGUGAUCGUUGAACACAGAAAGAAAGAAUAUGACACACCAGCCAUCCUUUGUUAUAGCUUCUCGCUCCAUCGGAGGAUCUUGGUCGGUGCAUAAUCAACUGACGGGCAGUAGCAAGCAGUGAAAGGCAUCCGGUCUGUUCCAUUUUCUGUCUCAUGGUGAUCUGUUACCGACUUGUCGUAAUGUGCACCUUCAGAUGCUGACUUAUUCACGUUGCUGCACGGGAAAUCUUGUUUAAAGAUAUUUUCCUUGCAAGGACAUGGUAUAUUAGUAAUCUGUACCUUAUUCAAUUGCUUAAAAGGCUUGGCUAGAUUUGCGACUGUUUGCUGAAUGUAUGUUCCGGAAACUUUCGAUCACCUAUUUGCAUGCAAAUCAUUGGAAUUGGAUGGGGGCUAGCAUCGGCUGCUUCUUCUCUCCGAUCUCGCA